AUGGACAAAACCUCUGUCUGGUUCAACAUAGCUGGUAAUUUUACAAUUGAGGAAAUCAGUGCCAAAACAUGUUCUAUUUCUAAUGCCAUGAAUGGUUUAAAGGAUGAUAAAAUAUACUAUGAUGAAAUCUUUAAUAAUAGAACUCAUCAAACCUUUGAUGAAAUUUGCUAUAAUAAAGUUUUAAGUGAAAAUAUUAUUAUUAUUGAUUUUAGUAAAGAUGAAGAUGAUAAUACUAAUCAGGAUAUUUUUGUUGAAGAUGAUGAAGAAGUUUUAAUUUUUGCAACAAAUCAAUAG